AUGGGGGUCCGCUGGAUCACCCUCUUCGCCCUGAUUGGAUGGCGACAUGGACUCGUUACAUGCGACGAAGAAUACGUGUCUCACAGCCAGCUCUUACGGGCCAAGCUCUUCGAUCCGUCGAAGUACGACGUGCACCGGCGCCCCACCAAGGACAGUUCGAGCGCUACCGAAGUGUCUCUACAUUUCUAUGGGGAAGAGGUCGCGUACAUGAAUCUCCAAGAUGACUGGCUCGCCCUCGCCAUGGUCACGUGCAAAAAAUGGUACGACCGCACUCUCCGGUGGAAUCGGGGCGACUACGGAGGACUCCAGAGCAUCGAUGUCUUCCUGAGCGAGAUCUGGAAUCCGGAUAUUCAAAUCGUCAACACAAGCCCCGAUGAUUACACACCGCAGACGAUCAUGGCUUCCCUGUACCACGACGGAGAGUUGUGGUUCUGUCAGACGGCCACGGUCAAGGUACCCUGUCCGAUGGACCUCACGGACUAUCCGUUCGACAGCCAGGUCUGCAGGAUACGCUUUGCGUUGCUAGCUUACGAGGACGAUGAGGUCAGGCUGGGUGGCGAGGGGACCUUAAACCCCAGCGUGACCAACCAGAGUUCAGAGUGGCAAGUCACCUUCCUGGACACGUCCCACGGAACGCUCCUCAACAAGACGACCCUGGACAUGGCCAUAGGGAUGAAGAGACGUUGCACUCAUCAUCGUUACACAGCCACGCUGCCGUGGGUCGCGUCGGUCAUCAUGAUGCUUCUGGGUUUCUGGAUGCCCACCAACUCAAGCCGCAGGCUGACUUUGGCGUGCAUCAACCUGCUGCUUAUCAUGCUGAUGCUCCAGCGGAUCACAGUGCUACUGAAGACGUCUUCGGCAGUUCCUAAGAUAGCCUUGUUUCUCGGGAACGCGAUGGUGAUACAAGUCGUAGCGGCGGUCGUGGCGGUUCUGGUGCUCAACAUGGAUUCCUCCACGAUGCCGAUCAAGGUGCCCGAACCCGUGGUCCGGCUCCUGACCGGUACGGCCGGGAGGUUUCUUUGCUUGGCUCAGGAAGGCGUCAGGGCGGACCAGCGUCUGGAGGAUUCCGAAAACCCCUUUCCCGCAAGAAAGAACGACCUGGAGAGGAAGUGCGACUGGCUGCUCGUGGCUCAAGCCUUGGACAGACUGUUCUUUGUGCUGUUCGGCAUUGUGACUCUCUGCGUCAUGCCGUGGUGAAUAUGUGGCAUUAGUACAAAAUAAACUUUGUGCUCUUUGGCAUUAGUACAUAAUGAACGAGAAACACGUGUU